AUGAUGAGUGGUUGUAUCUGGGCAGUGUUGCUCUUUCUCUGCACGUGGUUGGAGCUUGGGGCAAGUUGCACUCUUCUGAGGGAAAAGAAGAGUGUGGACCUUUUUAAAACCAUAAGGAAAGAUGAGCAGGCAGAACGUCUAGACUCGGAGGAAGGGCAGAACGAGAUGUCGUUUGUCAACACGGAAGGAACACCAAGUUCGAGACUGGCACUAGAAAUGGAGGAUAAAUUGUCGAUUUUGGCCAAAAGAAACAAGCACAUAAUGAAUUCUGAAACAGGAUUGGAUUCCAUACAAAUAAAAGAUAUUGCGAAGGGUGGGUAUAAAACCGAAGUGACUCCAGUUUCGUUGUCUUACCCUAGUGUGAACACAAAUAGUGCUCCACUUAUUACAAAUGAUUAUCAUCCCAAAGAUAUCUCAGAAUCUGUUACACAAAACAAAGAGACAACCACAUCACCUCUUAGCCACAACUCUGAAAUAUUGAAAAUAUCUGUAGAUUCUUCUUUCUCCACUGAACUAACUCCUGUUGUGGUGGAAACCAAAUCAUUAGACCAUGGUGAAAAUGGAAUACCGCCUGACAGAUCUACUCUGACCUCAGUAUCUUUGGAUGGCAGAAUAUCACUUGAUGCUAACACCAGCUCAUCAAAUGCCAACAGGUUUCUCUUGAGCCCUAAGUCUGGGUUAAAAAUCAAUGGACAGGAUGUGCAAACCAUAGGGAUGGGUGACCAGGAGGCAGACAGCACUAGUGGAGGAGGAAUUGAUUUCCGCCAGGCCUUCACUGGACAAGAAGAGAUGCCCUCUCAAUCCCGGAGCCGUAGAAGUUGGAUCUGGAACCAGUUCUUUGUGAUCGAGGAAUAUAGUGGGCCAGAGCCGGUGUUGAUUGGGCGGCUCCAUUCGAGUGUGGACAGGGGUGAUGGCCGAACCAAAUACGUUUUAAAAGGCGAGGGGGCGGGCUCUGUGUUCGUCAUCGACAGCAGAACGGGGAAUAUUCAUGUCACCAAGCCCCUCGACCGGGAGGAGAAGGACCAGUAUCGUCUUAUCGCCACAGCAACAGACAGACAGACGGGCCGAGCCCUGGAGCCUUCCUCUCAGUUCAUCAUUCGUGUGCAAGACAUCAACGAUAACCCACCUGUGUUCCAGAACGGCCCGUACAGCGUCACCGUGCCUGAGAUGGCCAAUAUUGGCACAUCAGUUAUUCAAGUGACAGCCACAGAUGCUGAUGAUCCAACCUACGGGAACAGUGCCAAACUUGUGUAUUCAGUGAUUGAAGGCCAGCAAUACUUUACAGUGGACCCACAGUCAGGCAUAGUGCGCACAGCAGUACCUGAUAUGGACAGAGAGACUCAAGCGCAGUAUCUGGUAGUGAUUCAGGCCAGAGACAUGGGGGGCCAUCAAGGGGGUCUGACAGGAACCACCACUGUCACCGUACAUCUCAGUGAUGUCAAUGACAACCCACCUCGCUUCACUCAAAGCAUGUGGUCAUUCUCUGUGUCUGAACUGGCCAUUCCCGGCAUGGAGAUUGGUCGUCUCACAUCAACAGAUGCAGAUCUCGGAGAAAACGCUCGGAUGGUCUUUACGAUUGUAGACGGAGAGGCAGGGGACACGUUCAACAUAACCGGACUGAACCAAGAGGCUGUGAUUUUGUUAAACAAGGCUGUGGACUAUGAGAGACGCAGUGCAUACUCUCUCACAGUGGAGGUGCAGAAUCCAAGCGUGGACUCGCGGUUCCUCAGGCGGGGUCCGUUUAAGGACCGUGCGAUGGUGCGCAUCACAGUUCUCAACGCAGACGAGCCUCCUCGGUUCUCUAGGUCUCGGUACCGCCUGGAUGUGACGGAAAACUGCCCUCCGCCAUGUGUGGUGGGGAGAGUGGCCGCUGUGGACCCGGAUACUGGCCUCAGUAACAAUAUAAAGUACUCAAUUGAUCCUGAGUCAGACCCUGAAGCGCUGUUCCGCAUCGCCUCUGACAAUGGUCUCAUUACCACGGUGAUGGAAUUGGAUCGGGAACAGGAGCAAUGGCAUAAUAUCACUGUCAUCGCUACACAGAGAGACAGCCCCAACCAAGUUACCAGGGUAGCGGUUGCCAUAGAGACGCUGGACCUCAACGACAAUGCCCCGGAGCUGGACCGUCAAUACAACACAGCCAUGUGUGACUCCAGCACUGCCGGACAGGUGGUGCAGGUAAUCCGGGCAAUAGACAAAGACCAGAGCGGCUACAACUCUCCAAUCCACUUCAGUAUUCUGCCGGAGUCCAGCAGCUCCCUCAACUUCUCCAUCAGAGAGAGAGGAGACCACACGGCAAGUCUGAUGCUCUUGUCGUCCUUGAAGGCUCUUCCUCGCUCUUCUUCUUCAUCUUUACUCACUCUUAAAAUACCUGUAAUACUUCACGAUGGUGCGUCAGACCUCAGCAGCACAGGAACGCUUACCGUUACGCUGUGCCCAUGCCAGAAUGGAGGGAUGUGGGCGGAAGAACGAAAACAACAAACUGACGACAAGGAUAAACCGUCACCACCGGAAUGGGAGAGGCAGGCAUUGUGCUUGCCUUUGCCUUCAAAUUCUCCGCUUUUGGGAGUCAGCUCGGCAGCCAUGUUGGUGAUACUGGCAUGUGCCUCGACUCUUCUGGUAGUGGCUGCGCUCUCGCUAUCGUUGCGCAGGCAGAAACGGGACACUCAGUCUCCCUUAGAAGACGAUGAGAUCCGGGAAAACAUCAUCACGUAUGAUGACGAGGGAGGCGGGGAAGCUGACACGGCAGCUUUCGAUAUUGUGACACUGAAGAGCGCACCCCAGAGCAUGAGGAGGGCACAGCACCUUCGAGACAGCAAGAAUAUGUAUUCUCAGGACAAUCUAGACAGCAUCAGAACAUUCAGCUGGAGUGAGUGUUUAGGUUUGGAUCCGCACCGCCCCAUCUCUGCACCUCUCUACGGACAGUACUGCUACAGCAUCCAGACCCUACCCGCUCCACGAAACAGACUUGCACCGUUCAGCUCCAGGCUAGACCUCACCAAACUGGCAUAUGUUCUCCCAGGUAGCCAAGGCCAGCCCGUCGGUCCUUUAGAGUCCGGUUCUGUAUUUAUCGGCAAGAGCAGGGAUGGUUCUGAGCACAAAGAAGUUGACGGAUCCACCGAAAGUAUUCCAAAAGAAAGUGAGACAGGAAGUGAGGUCAUCUCGGAGAGUCAUACACUGAGCCAGGAUCAGUCAGUGCAUUCUGACCAGAUUCUGUAUAUGAAGGGUUCCAGUCAGAGCGGUUCUUGCUCGGAGGCCUCGAGCAGUUCUUUGGGGCAUAAAACCGGGUCGUCGUCCCAUUGCUUGACCACCCGAGCUUCCAUUUCAACCAUCACCACCGACGACUCCAUCCCUGCUUCGGUUAUGGAUAAAAACACCAGCCAAACCACACCAGGCCACAGCACACAGGAAAUGCCAUUCAGAACAAUGGAAGGGACCUUGCUGAGAGGUGGCAGAGGAAUACCUUUCGCCGGCACUACUUUUCUCCAUCCAGAAGCUGCUGGGCUAAUGGGCUUAUAUGGAGUAGGCAGGCAGAACUAUGUGCCACACCUCAUGAUGCCCCUCCCAGGAGGGGCGGGGCUGUAUGAGAGAGGGUGGAGCUUGGGAAAGGGGAAGGUUGGACAGGCGAACUCGGAAAAGACAGGUGCAGAUUCUCUAACAAACAGAAUGGGAGACUUUCUGCAACACCGCCUAGCCCUGGUGACCUUUGACCCCAUGCAACCACCAUACGACUCACUGCAGACGUACGGACUGGAGGGGAGCGGGUCGCAGGCGACGUCUCUAAGCUCGCUCGAAAGCGAGGCAGAGAAAGACACAGAGAAAGAUGGGUUAGAGGAAUGGGGACCUAAGUUUCAAAGGUUGCUUGAUAUUUUUAGGGAACAAGGGAAAGAAAAAGAUGAUAAAGGAAAUCAAGAGGAUGAGAAUUUAAAGGAAGAAUACCAGUUAGAAAAAUCAAAAGAGGAAAACAUAGUGGAAGAAAUAAGAGAUGGAAUGGAGGCAAAAGAGGACAAAUCGAGUGAAUCAAAUGAGACUGGGCAGGAAGAGGAGGAAAAUACAGAGGAAAUGGAAAUAGGACCAGAGAGAAAGAGGAAAUGAUGUGAUGUCACGUUGUGACUAUUCAAAAGCAAUAACUGUGGAAAGGAGCCAAUGAGCACAAUCCGGACAAAGAGAAUUUUACAUGGACCUGACAAAAAUCUGUAUAAUCAGUGUUUUACAAAACCAAACAGUGUUAUGGAUGCCCCUUCCUCAGUUUCACAUGCAUUUAGUUUAAUGCCCAAACACACACAAGAGUGCAUGGAAUAGUUAAUCUGUCAUCAUUUUCUCACCCACAUGUCAUUUCAAACCAAAAUGACUUUAUCUUUCUUACGUGCAAUACAAAAGAAAAAGAAAAAAAAGAAAGAUUUUAAUGUAAUUUUUAUGAAGAUUAUUUUGAAGAAAAAUGUUAGCUCUUUUUCAUGCAGUUACGAUGAAUGAGGACUGGAGCUUUCAAGCUUUAAAAAGGAUGCAAAAGCAUCUUAAAGGAACUUUUAAAGUAGUCAGUAUAUUCCAAGAAUUCUGAAGUAGACUGGGUAUCAAAACAGAUUUCCUGAUAUGAUUCGUUUCAGUUCCGAUUUCGAAAUUAUUUGAUUCGAUUCUGAUCCAUUUGGGUAUAUUUCAGUUAUAAUGUCCAUUUUGUUUGUAUAUGGAAUAAAUGAUUUCUCAGCUAAUGCUCUAAAAUAAACAAGGAACCUACUAACUUGGUACAUUAUGAAAUAUUAAAAGAAUUAACAACAUGGACCAAACUAUGCAGUUCAAUUGCUAUAUAUUUACAGAUAUAAUAACAGAUAUAAUUACUGUAUCAACACAACCAAAACUGAAGUAAAUUUUAAAGUUAAACAACACAGUCUCAUGAGAAUUUGUCACAAUAAUACAAGGUGGUGAAUUCGUACGACUUACUUGUACGAAAACAUACAAACUUAUGACAUAUGUUUCACGAAACAUGCAUUUGUAACCCGGAAGUGUCGUUUUCUUCCGUGUGACACAUCAGGGCUUUUAACAUUAAUAUCAUGGUUAUGUUUAUGCUCUGGAUAGCUGUUACACUCUAUGGUUAGGUUAAGGGAUGGUGUUUGGUUUGGGGUUAAAGUUGGGAAAACAAAGUUUUGGAUUAACAAACGGCACAUUGGGAACUACAAGGACACAAGGGAAGCGUCUCUCAUUGGUGGGUGUAUAACUCGUACGAUUUCAUACAAAUUAACUUCACCACCUCGUAAUAGUGUGACAAAUUCUCAUGGGAUCAGGUUGAGUAAAAUUAAAAGAUCGGUCUUGUUGAUUUUAAGAAUCGAAAUCAGGUUCGAAUGAAGAUUAAGAUUAACAGUAAAAAUUAGAUUUUUACCCAGUAAAUGGGUGAUACCACUUAUUUUCCACGUAUUUUCUUUUGAUCCGAUACCAAGUGCUAUCAAGGCCAAUAUUGCGAAUAUCAAUACCAAUACCGAUCGAUACCUCUAUUAAAUUUAUUUUGUUGCUAUUUCUGAGGGUAAAAUGGGUAAUUUUAGCCAUUUAACUUUAUAUUUGAAACCCAUUUUUUAUGAUUAUUCAUAGGCCUAAACUGCAAAUUAUCCUUGAAUGUUAUGAAACUAGAGAUUCGUUAAAAAAGAUUAAUGCGUUAAUUUUCUUAAUCGCGAUUAACGCAUUUACCGUUAAUACAGCAUAAACCAGCAUAAACACUUGUUGGAAGGGCAGAACCUUUGCGAUGUGUCCGCCCAGAGUCAUUAAACUGACGCACACUAACGCACACUUCACAACACAAACAACAGCGCUUCCAUGUCAGUGAUAAAAUGAUUGAGAAAGGAGCUUAACACUAUUUGAUGUACAACACAAGCCCAGAUGGGACUUGUGAUAGAAAUUUAGUAUUCUUCAGCUGAUGUAAUGUGCAAUUUAAUUACCACAGAAGCACGUCAAGUCUUAACUAUCACCAAAACGCAGAAUGAGAUGUUUUUGUCUCCAAGCGCUUUUCAUGUGGAGUUGACAGCAACGCUGGCGCUGACGCUCUGAUGUGAAUCAUGAAUGACGCUUCAUGAUUGCUGUAGGAAAGCAGAUCGACACCGUCUACCAGCUGAAUAAUAUUGUAGAGGAUGAGAGUUUAAGAGAUUUAAUGCCCAUUGCAAUAAAUAUGCAACCGGGACUAGUUCUUUCAAUUAGUCAAACUCCCACUUAGACUUUGGGUUACUAGAGUUAGUGCUAUUUUAGUGCAUUUCUAUCUUUAUACUGUAGAAUGCUUUAUUUGGGAAAUUAUAACAAAACAUUAUUGUUACAUGUUGUUUUCUUUUCUAAGAAGAAACUAAAUGCAUUUUAACAGAAAAAGAAGUAUAUAUAUAGUCAAAUUUCAGCACUUUCAAAAUCUGUGAUUAAUCGCAAUUAAGUACAAAACAAAUUGUGCGAUUAAUUGCGAUUAAAAAUUUUAAUCGACUAACAACACUUUAUGAAACAAUAAUUUUCAUAAAUCAUAAAAUCACUAGUUUAUUUAAAAAAAUGUUUUAUGUGAGUAUAGAUCCUCUCGAUACAACAUCAGUAUUGAAAGUAUUGAUAUACUGUAGAUUAGUCCACCCAAUCCUAUUACCCAGUCUUUUUCUGAAGUCAUACGAUAGCUUUGUGUGAGGAACAGACUGAAAUUAAAGACAUUUUUCACUGAAAAUCAUCACCUCAAGUGAGCUAUUAACUCGAGAAACCCUGUGACUCAAUCAUUGAAUCAGUGAGUUAAGUUGUGAAUGAAUCAUUCAUACCAGUUUUGUCAACUGAAUCGAGCAUUACAUUUAGAAGAUCAGACUCUAAAGAAAGAUAAAUUCUUAACUCUUCUCAUGAACGUACCAAGCAGAGUUAGGGCAGAUGUCAAGAUUUUGAAUGAAAAAUGAAUUAAUUUUCGAUCUGUUGCCAACAUAAGGCUAUCAUAUGACUUCUGAAGUCACUUUAAUGGUAAUUUUGGGUCCCUUUCGAAGCUUGAAUGCUCCGGGCCUCAUUCAUUGUAAUUGCAUGGAAAAGGUCGACUCUGCAAGCGAGCAGCGUAGCAGCACUUCAUCGCCAAUUAAAACGCUUGCAAUGUAGACAGCUUGUUGAUUAUGGUGGGUGCGAUCAAGUUUUGUUGCGGCACUCGUUUACAGUAUAGAUUGGAUAUAAGAACAUCUACACACUAGAGUUUACACCGAAACUAUUGAUUUCAAUGGGGAUGGUGCCAUUAUAAGACUGAUUAUAAGAUUGCAAAUGUGAACAAAACACUGCAUCACUACUUUUUGUUUAGAUUUUUAAGGGGGAUAUUCCGAGUUAUCGACAACAUUUCUAUUAUACUUGGUUUUUUUAUGAAACAUGUACAGUUUAAAUUUGAUCUAUGUUGUGAGGGAUUCACUAAAAUAGGUGUUGGAUCGAAUUCUGGGAUGGUGAAUCUGGAUUCGGUUUGUUCCGGCACAAAUUAAGCCCUGCACACACACAUACCGUAGUGUCACAUGUGACACAAGCCGUCUCUAUCUGUGUUCUCCCGUUACACUUAAGUGAAUAAUUCACAUCAGCACGCCAAGCCAAAGUUAUGAAACGUCUCAUUUGUGAAAUAUUGAUUUCAGCCCUGCAAGCUGCAUUGUUUGAAACAUAGGUCUCAUGAAAUAUGUACAAUCGCUGGCAAAUUCGUAUUGAUGCCUGUGUAUUAAUAAGGGGAAAAAAAUGUUGUGCCAAUUUUGACAGCAAGGAAGCUUAACUGUUUGAAAUGGUUCAAAAAAGAUUACUCGAAAAAAAUAAUCUUUUUUCUUUACUAGGUAACUGCAACCACACACUUAAAAGAAAAAAAGAAAUGAUUUUGAGCAUGUCUAACUUUCAACCAUUUUUUAAAUCUUUUUUUAGUUACUUUACAAGUUAAGAUUCUUAACCUGGUUUAGCCUAGCACAGACCAUUAAACCAUGUCUCGUGCCAGCACUUAAUUAACCCUGUUUUUAAGCAAGACCUAUGCAAACGAAUCCUAAAAACAAUGAACUUAUAAACUGAAUGUGAUUAUGUUUCUGGUAACACUUUGCAAUACGGUUCUAUUUGUUAACAUUAGUUAAUGCAUUCAGUAUGGUGAACUACAAAUGAAAACACUAUUUUUUACAGCAUUAAUUAAUCUUGGUUAAUGUCAAUGUAUAAAUAUACAUUAUUAGUUCACGUUAGUUCAUAAUGCAUUAACUAAUACAACUUGUUAAAAAAGGAAUUUGUAUCUGUAAAAAAAUAACAUUAACAAAAAUGUAUAAAUGCUGUACAAUUAUUGUUUCACGUUAACUAUUGCGGUAAGUAAUGUAAACAUAUAUACCUUACUGUAAAGUGUUACCAUGUUUCUUAUACUUUGUUUUUUUCCCCUUUUUCUGUGUGUUGUUUGUAGGUAAAUCUAAAUUGUGUUUUCAUGUACAGAUGUAAAUAUCAUUGAAAAAAAGUUUUUAGAUGUGAGAAUACGUUUCUUUAUGUGAAUGUUGAAUUAAUUGGAUGCAGAUCCUGAAAAUGUCUGACCUGUUGUACGAUGUGAAAUCAUUUAAUGAACUGUCUGCUAAUGUUCAAUAAAUUGUGUACAGUGAACUUUGGCAAACUUGGAUGCGCAAGUUCAGAAUAUAAAGGCAUAGU